GUUAUUUCCGCGGCGGGGGGUGAGACAGCAUGGCAGCGGCGGUGUUGAGGCACUGUUGGAGAGGACUUUUGCAGAACUCGGGCAAUGGAGCUGUCGGCACUAUCAGGUCGAAGAUUUUCGAAGGAGUUAGACUGAAAUCUACAGUACAGUACAUGUCACUGCCAGAUCAUCCAAAGCUGGCCUAUCGGAGAGUGAAAGGAAAGAGUCCUGGUGUCGUGUUCCUGCCUGGAUAUGGAUCCAACAUGAGCGGAGAGAAGGCAGAGGCCCUGGAGGAUUUCUGCAGGUCACUAGGUCAUGCCUAUCUGAGGUUCGAUUACUCUGGUCAUGGAGCUUCUGAGGGUGUUUUUUCAGAAGGCUACAUUGGAACAUGGAAAAAAGACGUCCUAUUCAUGUUAGAUGAACUCGCUGAAGGUCCCCAGGUAAGACUAGAAAGACUGAACCAGCUGGAGAAGUGCCAGCGUUUGUGUUUUUAGAAGACUUUUAAAAAAUAAAAAUGACUUCUAUAAACUGAA